AUGUUUCGCACACUCUCCAAGCUGCGGCCUAUUUUCCACAGUACCAUACAGAGGAACUCCAAUUCAGAUGAUUUUUUCGUCGAGUUGAAUGACCCCCACAAGACUUUUAGUCCUGGGUCGGUUGUCGAUGGAAGCGUGGUGUUGGUUCUUGCCAAGCCUGAAAAGGUAUCUCAUAUCGAGUGCACUAUCCAGGGCACCGUGACUAUUAGAAAUGCUUUGGUGAAGAGCAAAACUGUCAAGAAUGUGCUUUUCCAGCAAAAAGUCGAACUAUGGGGUCAUGCUGAGUCUACCAAUGGCAGUGACUUGGAGGUUGAUUUUAACGGCAGUGGGAACUCGCCAUCACCCGGAUCUUCUGGCCAAUUGGCUGAUAGCAGCUGUAAUGUCAGUGUUCACAGUGGCAAGAGUGCCAAAAGCUGUAAAAGCACCAAAAGUUCCAAAAGUUCCAAAAGCGUCAAGAGUAUAAAGAGUACUCACAGCGACAGAAGUGUUGCUAGCUCCAGUGCUCCUACAACAGGAGUAGCUACUGCUGGACCCUCUGGCUCAACCACGGCUGCAACUGCAACUACAUCUGCUGGCUCAUCCAAUACUUCAAUCAAUGCAACGACAGGCGUGGUAACUCCUAGUGCCAAAAUCAAUCGCAUCACUGACGGCACUCAGAGUAUCGCCCUCAGAGACAGAGCUCCUGAUUCAAGCACCAGGUCGGCUAGUUCUUCUCAACGAAAUUCUGAAGACCUUCACUAUACAACUGCAAAACCCGGUUCUGGCCCUGCAACUAAUUCAAUCCUCUCUGACGACUCUGCAUCUUCUAAUCAAACAUCAACAACAUACCCUGGUCCGACCAAGACCGACCAGCCUCUUCCCCGUGGAGAACAUCUGUUUGCAUUUGAGUUUGUCCUACCAGAAAAGGGUCUUUUCAACAGUCUAGAAUUCGAAAGAGGGUCCAUAUCCUAUACAAUUACAGCCACAUGUCAUCGAACAAGUCCUCCUACCGUCAUCACCGCUCAAAAGGCUGUCUCGGUUAUCUGCCCUAUAGACAUUGCGACUUUGCCAGUGCCUCGAGUCUCCACUUUAACUGUCGAUGUUCAGAAAAAACGAAAAGGUCAUGGAUCAAUUGUAGUGGCGGUAUCACUACCAAGAAAGGGCUAUUUGCGAGGCGACUCGAUACCUGUCAAAGUCAAUGUACAGCAUAUCAAGCAUGUCAAGUGUUUAUCCGGCAUCAUCACCACUCUAUCUCGAAUCAGCAUUGUAUCUGCACAAGGAACUGAAGCCCAAUCAUUCCGAAAAGACCUUUCUCAGACUGUUUCUCCUCUAUACACAGAUCCUGUCAGCUUCAAAUCGACCGUCAUCACUAAUAUCAGGAUUCCUCCCGACACUUUUCCAACUACCAAGGGCCGAGACGACAUCUCAUUCCAGUACUGUAUCGAAGUAGUACUAGAUUUAUCAGGCAAACGAGCGGUAGACUUGACAUCGUCUGGACGAGACAACGAUUUCGAGCCGUCGAAACUAGGCUUUAUAGAUACCGACAAGCUUAAACGAGGUCGUGGCGUGGUGAGUCUGUGGAGUGAGGUGGUUAUAGGCACUCAUAAUGGAGGCAGUGUCGAUUUAGAUGGAACUGCUUCAUCACCAGGGUUGAAAAUGAAACUCAAAGGGAAAGCUCCUGCCAGCAACACAUCUCUGCCAUCUACUAUGUACAGCAGCAACACUGUUGUUGGUGGUCCUGGUCCCGGAAAUGGUCAUACUUCUGCUAUAUCCACAGUAUCUGCUGCUUCAACCACCAGUAAUGGUCAACAGGUCAGUUUCUCAUCUUCAUCUACAACUGUAUACAACGUUCUGAGCUAUGAAGAGCUAGCAGCUGCUGACCAAGCUUCAGCCAUGUCGAGUUCCAACAUGUCGGCUGAAAACGAAAAAGAGCUGCUAAGAAGACGAGAACAAGCUAUUCUGCCUUCCAAUCCUCCCGAAUCAUCACUCUCCUAUACGACCAAUCACGAAGUUCCCUCAUACUACGAGGAGUCUGCUCCAUCAUCAUCAGUUCACUUGGACUCGUCGGCACCACCUCCACAUCUGGUGAUGGCGUCUGCUCCAACAUAUUCCGACGAAGGUGCCAGUAGCAGUGCCAGUGGUAGUAGUGGUACUCACAUGGCAGGAAGCAGUCAUACCAGUAACACAUCCACAGAACUUCUCGACAAAGCCGAGAUGGAACGAGCACGACUCGAACAGAUAGCCAGUGUUCCCGAAGAAGAGUAUGUUCCUCGCUACGAACCAAUUCAAAACCACAGCCACAGCCAUAACAGCAGCCACGGCAUCGAUCUGGAACCCAGUGCACCUGCUCUUCCAGCCGACCUUUCACACGACCACGUCCACAAUCCGGACCAACUCGACUCCGUUCCGUCCGCACCACCUCCAAUCAGUGGGCCGUCGUCCCCGCCACCGCUCCCUCCAUCCUCUGACCCCUCACAAUUGCAUGACGACGAACCGUCGGCGCCAGCGCUGCCAGCUGCCCCGCCACCACCACCACCGAAUAAUGACUAG